AUCCGAACAGUCGACGAUUGGAUUUGCCCCAAGGAACUAUUGAUCAGUGUGUCGUGUGCCUAAGUGAAAAAGUAACGGAAGCUUGUGGUGGAGGUGAAUACAUCUUGAAGGAACUGAGAAGCGACAUUUCACUCUUUAAGGCUCGCUGUGCUAGCCCCCUGUCUGCCCAAUGGAAACUAAAAAGAUAAAGACUGUUAUAAACGCCGAGGAAGAGCACUUGGCUUCUAAGUCAAUAAAAACAACGAGAAAAACUCUAAAAAAGGUAACAAAAACGAAUUCCAAAAUUGAGACAUUUGUGGAAACCAAACUCGAGGACACGGAAUCGACAAACUCAGCUCUUAAGAAGGAUACGAAAGCUGUGGAAGCUCCUGCAACAAAUAUAAUGUCGGGAAAUAAUGCGGAUGAGGGGAUUGGGGAUGGAAAUGUUGUUCUUAAAAAGAAGAGCAAAGCGAAAAAGCCAAAGAAAUGCGAAUACGAUAAUCAAAAUAUAUCUGUGAAGAGCAGUUUUAACAAGUUCGACGCCCUUCAGAAGCGCAAUUUAAUCCAUGUACGUUCAAGUGAUUCAAGUAAAGCCCAAGAAAUCUUCAGUAAUCUGCAAGAUGAGCAGCAGACCCAUUGUCGACAUUGCUCCAAGCCGGUCUAUAAAAUGGAAGAGGUCAUAGUUCAGUUCAAGACUGGCAAAGGUAUAUACCACAAAUCCUGCUUGCGCUGCCAAGAUUGCGCUAAACAAUUGAAGUUCGAUAACUACCAAAGUCACGAAGGUAAUCUGUACUGCAAUGUACAUUUCAAGUUGCUCUUUGCGCCCAAGGUCGUUGAGCUGGACGAAGAGCCCAAGCCCCGCAAAACGGAGCUCAUCAUACGCGAAAGUCAGCCGACCGAGCUCCCACCCGACGUGGUUCGGGCCUCUGACAAACCGGAUCUAGGACUCGAUGAGCUGCAUCAGCUAAACGUUCGCUCCAGAUUUGAACUAUUCGAGAAUGUCGAACAGAAUAAACUUAAGGAGGAGCAAUUGCAGGCGCAGCAGCGUCCAGUGAUAAAGCGCAGCACUUCAGUUCUAACAAAGUAUCGCCUAAAUAGCGCCGAGAUCGAAAAUAAUGCUCCCGACAGCGGCGACGAAUCGGGCGAAGAGAAUGAGGACGCCGACUUGAUACGCUCGAAGAGAAGCACCCAAAAGGAGCGGCCCGUGGGCCUUGGCGAUGCCAUGAACGAUAUCAAGACGAGGUUCGAAAAGGGAACCAUGCAGUCGAAGGAGGAGCGACGCGAGGAGCGAAAACAGGAAAUCCAGAGUAUACGCUCGCGCCUGUUCAUGGGCAAGCAGGCAAAAAUCAAGGAAAUGUAUCAGCAGGCCGUUGCCGAAUCCGAGCAUGGCAUCACUUCCGUCGGUAAACAGCCGGAUAUACAAAUUGGAGCAGCGGCUCGAUCCAUUAAGGAACGUUUCGAAAAUGGUGCAAUAUUUAAUGAUAAGGGCAACGAUGUCGAAACAUCCAAUUGCAACGGUCACGGCUCCGGACUGUCGGAGGAUGCCGAUGUAUUUGAGUCUGCUAUAAGUAAAAAGUCGCGAAGCAUCUUUAUGGAGUUAGAUGCAAACUUGGUAUCAAACCCGAAUGGCCAUCGGGAGUUUCAAAAACAACGACCUGUGGCUCUCAGCAAAUGCACGAGCCAAAGUCAAGUUGUUUCAGAGAAUGCUGACAUUGAUGUGGUUAAAUGUGACGCCAAGCCGGAGGAUGUAAAAAUAGCCACCGACGAGUUGAGCCAGAAGUUCAAAUUCUUUGAAACCUAUCGUCCAAAAGGCAGUGAGAAACGCCAAUUCCGCAUAACUCCGCCUCGGGAAGGUGUUGUCAAGAUGCCGUCACCCGAUUCCGAUUCGGGGCAAGCGGAUGAUUCAAAGCAGCAAAACUUGUCGUUCGACGAAAAUGUGCUGCAAAAAACACAGACAACGUCAACAAUGCUUAACAAAUUUCGUGAAAUGGAGCAGAACACAUCCAAGAAAGCUGAAUGUUACAGUCCGAAACCGCUAAAGUGUUUCACUCCUCCGCCGGAAGAUAGGCGGGCAUAUUAUGACAAAUCCAAUAGUGAGGAGGAGGAGGAGGAGGACGACGACGAGGAGGAGGAGAGCGAUGACGAAGCUGAAAUCGAUAAAGAAAUUUUAGCAUUAAGUUCAAGAAAUGGGGACGAAGCUCUCAAAGAGGCACAGAGCGCGGCCCGAGCUAAGCAAUUGCGCGCCAAAUUUGAAAAAUGGCAGGCCAAUGAAAUCAAGCGGGAACUUAUUGAUGGCUAUGUUGAUAUCUACUCGCAGCAAGUGUCCGAUGAUUCAACAAUAGAAAGCGCAAAGGCUAUUCGCGAGCGUUUUGAAAAUAUGCGAAACCUCGAGCGCAAUUCUUCGAUUGGCCCCCGUUAUCAGGUUAAUCGUUUUGUAUAAUUUCUCUUGGUACUGGACGCACAAUGAUUUUAAAUUAAAUCAAAUAACUUAAACAAAUUAUUGUACUUACUUAUUAUUUAUAUUUUGUUAUAGAAGUAAUACAAGAAUGAUCAAUGUACCAAACUCUUUUAGUCUAAACACAUAUAUCUCCGAGGCAAACUACCUUUUUACAUGACCAAUAUCAUCGUCGCAAAGAUCAUCUCUAUAUAUAUAAAACUCUUUGUCCUGACUA